CCUCCCCUCCUUCCCCGCCCAAAUUUAAAGGAGACAGACCCCCUUCCUCCGACCUCUCCCUCGGACCUGGGACAGCCACGGAGAAGCGGCCAGGCGGCGUGGCCGGGCCAGAGGAGAUUGUGGCCAGGCCGGGGAACCAGGCCCCACCCAUCGGGGGCGUGGUUAGGGAAGCCCCGCCCCCGAACCUGCAGGGGGGCUGCAGCCAGGGACGAUGGAGGGGCCCGGCUCUGCCCAGGAGUUCUUUGGGCAGCUGGUGGGGGGCUGCCUGAUGCCCACAGUCUGGCAGGGGCUGGAGCAGCUGGGGGGACUCGUCCUACUCUGUGCUGCCUCUCGCCUCCUCUGGCACCUCCCGGUGGGGCGGGGAUGGAAGCAUGCUGGGACAGCAGCCAGCGGUUUUGUGGCGCUCCAGGGCUUCUUUGGGUUGCAUGUGGUGUGGCUGGUGCUUCUGAGCCUGCUCUGCUACCUGGUGCUGGCCCUGGCCCGGCGGGGCCCCCGUCCCUGCCAUGGACCCUGCCUGGCCACCGCCACCCUCGUCUACCUGCUGCUGGGUGAGAUGCACAUGGUGGACACUGUCACCUGGCACAAGAUGAGAGGGGCACAGAUGAUCGUGGCUAUGAAAGCAGUGUCUCUGGCCUUCGACCUGGACCGCGGAGAGAUCCCAGCACUACCAUCACCCCUUGAAUUCAUGGGGUACAUCUAUUUUGUGGGCACCGUGGUCUUCGGGCCCUGGCUGCCCUUCCGUAGCUACACCCGUGCCGUGGAUGGGCCGGGGCUGAGCCUGGCCUGGCUGUGGAAGGUGACCUGGAGCUUCCUCCUUUCCCUCCUCUGCCUCCUGGUCUCCACCUGCAUUGCCCCUUAUCUCUUCUCCUACUUCGUGCCCCUCUACGGCUACCACCUGCUCAAGAGCAGCAGGAAGAAGCACAAAGCCAGGAGCCUGGCUAUGAGGUGGCUGCGAGCCUAUGAGAGUGCUGUGUCCUUCCACUUCAGCAACUACUUCGUGGCCUUCCUGUCUGAGGCCACAGCCACCCUCGCUGGCACUGGCUUUUCCGAGCACAAGGACCACUUGGCCUGGGACCUGACGGUGUCGCGCCCGCUGGAGGUGGAGCUGCCACGCUCAAUGGUUGAAGUCGUAAUAAACUGGAACCAGCCUAUGUCUCGCUGGCUGCACACCUAUGUGUUCCAGGCAGCUCUGACCCUUGGCACCUUCCCGGCCAUCCUGGUGACCUAUGUAGCCAGCGCCCUCCUUCAUGGCCUGAGUUUCCACCUGGCAGCCGUUCUGCUCAGCCUGGGCUUCAUAACCUAUGUGGAGCAUGUCCUACGGAAGCGUCUGUCUGUCCUCCUUGAUGCCUGCAUCCUGUCCAAGCCCUGCCCCCGUGCCUGCAGCCACCAGCACCGCAAGGCACUAUGGGUACAGGCACUGAACCUGCUCUUUGGUGCUCUAGCUGUCUUCCACUUGGCCUACUUAGGCUGCCUCUUCGAUAUGGAUGCCAAUGAUGCCAUAGAGGAGCAGGGUUAUGGGAUGGCCUACACCAUCGCCAAGUGGUCAGAGUUAAGCUGGGCCAGCCACUGGGUCACCUUUGCCUGCUGGGUCCUGUACCGCCUCAUCAACUGAGACCUUGCCCUACAACACCCCUUCAGGACCAUCAGAGCACCCAUGGGGGAGGUCCUCCCAUACCAUAGAGUACAGCCCCACGUGCAAGGAGGCCUUGGUGCCCUAUGGGGAAGUAUAUGUGGGAAACUGGUGGCCUGCAGUGGUUGGGAGCAGAAGCAAUGCAUAGGGGGUGUAUGCGAGUACACAUGCACCCCCUGAGCGUGGCAGUGCACCUCCUACAAAAAGGUGCCAGUGUCUGCAGGCAGUCAGCAAUCCCUACUGGCUGCCGCCACUUGUGGGUGGUCAUCAACCCCUGGUUGGUGCUCACCACCCCCCUGCCACCAACAGCGCCAGUGGUGUCUGCAGGAACUCCCCACUCGCCACCACUGCGCUGAUGCUGCCACCAUGCCCCCCCCAGUGGCCAGGGGCAUGGGUUGUUCAUGGUUGGGAGUUUGGGGGAGGGCUCCCUGCCAUAGAGAAUAACUUCUGGGUUUCCUAGAUGGGCCACUUCCUAAUCUUCUCUAGACAUUUGGAGGACUUUGUGUCUAGGGUUGGGAUGGAAUGCCAUUCCCUGUCUGGCUACUACAGAGAAGGACCAUAACCUAUCAAGGAAACAGCCUAGCUUGCUUCCAGGUUCUUUCCAAAAGCCUGGAGGACUUGGGUCUUCACAGUUGCGGUAAAAUACCACUCCCUGAACUGUUUCUCCCCUCCCCCAGAUAGGACCCAGAAGAGACUUCCCUAGGGACCUGGAGGAUCCAGUCUCUAUGAUAAGGACAGACUAUUGUUCUGUUUAUCUACCAUAAAGAAAAGACCACAGGCUAUUAGGUCACUUCUUGGUUUUCUCUAGGAGCCUGAAGAAUCUGGUCUCUAUGUUUGGGAUAGGCAAACGGAAUGGUAUUCUAUCAUAGGACCACAGGCUAGGCUCUACUUUGUGGGUAGGUCACUUCCCAGUCCUUUCUAUGAGCAUAGAGGACUUAGUCUCCAUGGUCAUGACAGCUAAGAGAAAUGUUCCAUUUACCAUACAAAAUGGCCUAUUCCAGCUCCAUCGGUUUUUGGUUGUAGCUGUGUUGGUUUAAGGACAUAAGCAUUUAAGGUUCUUCAGGUAGAUGUGAUAUUUUUUAUUAGACUGAGUAGUUGGAUAAAAAGUUAAUUGCAUGCUUUCAGGUACAAUCACCUUUCUUCAGGCAUAUGAAGUCUCUGCAGAGAUCACGUCUACACAAAGAACCUCGACUAUCUCUGCUUUCUAGACCAGCCAUUUCAAGCUAGAAUGUUCCUCUCUGACUGCUUACCAUAGAAAAACUGUUUCCUAGAAAGGCUACUUCCAGGUCCUGUCUAGGAGCAAGGAGGACUUGGGUCUCUAUGGUAAGACUAGAACACCCCUGCCUACCAUAGAAACUAGCCUAUGUUCCAGCCUCUUCUUCCUAGAUAGUCUCUCAAAGCAAUGGAAAAUCCUUUACUCUGUGGUCAGUUCAAAAGCCAGCCCCCCUUGCUGCCUCCUAGGGGCCUACUGGAGUAUCACACUUCACUGCCUUAGAGAAAAGUCUCCUCUCUUCCUAAACGCUUUCUAGUCCUAGGCAUAAGAAGACCCCACACUCUACAGUCACCUCAGAUUAACUCUCCCCCAAUUCUGAUAUCAUAGGGGCCAAGAUACUGCCCCACCACCCCACAGUGGUGGGAGUGCAGGAGGGCACCAGUGCCAAGGCAUUUGCUACUGCAAAAGGGAUUUUUUUUUUCUUUUAUAAACCUCUUGCGUUUAUUACCUGAGAAAUAAAGAUUGUUAAUUAAAUGUA